UCAGUCUUACUUGAAUUUUCGUUAUAGUCCUUGACAAAAAUUCACAUUUACCGUCACACAUAAAUCCAAAUAUUUCUAAACUGUUAUUUUGACGGCAGAAAUAACAGUUUUGAAUGUGUGUUCAAAACUCCACACAUUUCUUGUCCCUUGGGUUUUCUCCAGCUUCAUGAUUGUAAUUUUGGUUGAUGGAGUUUACCACUGAAGUGAUGUUCGCCACUACUCUGUUAGCACAUUUCUCCCAAGUUUUUUUGUCAGAGACAUAAAUCAGGGCCAUAUUUACCAGGAAACUACAAGUGUUUUCUUUCCUCAAUUCUUAAGAUAAAGUUCUCAAAAUUAGGGUCAUGGCAUGAAAAAGAGAAAAGAUAACGCUCUUCCAAGUGUAGAUAUUUCCACAUCAGAGUGUUCUAAAAAUGGUCUAACAUUUUAACAGUCCAUUCAACAGCAAUAACUCUCAGUAGAUGUUUACUAUGUGAUUUUAUCAGCGUUAGAGCAAUGCUUUACUUUCUUGAGGUUUUAAACUGCAAAGAAUCCCAUAUCAUCACACCUCCAGCACCAUGCUUUGAUUCUCAAGAGAAUACACAAGAGAAAUUGGCAGAUGGCAAAAAUUGGUUGAUUUUCAGUUUGAUCGACCUUUAUUAGUGACUGGAUGAUUGCAGACUUGCUCUUUUUGAGAUCCUGCCUGUUGGAAACGCUAAUUCUAAUUAUGCUAGCUGUUAAUAUCAUAAGUGAACAGUUUUGUCUUUGCUUCAUAAUAUUGUUGCGUCUCUGUUUUACUGUGAUCUUGUUGUCAUGAUCAUGAUGCCAUCUCCUUCGUCUAGUUUCUUUUAGCUGCACUGAACAAUUCAAACAACAAAUCUCUAUUGACAGCAUUCAUGAUUUGGUAGUAGAUAAAUCCAAAUUUACAACAACCGCAGGCCUUGAAACAUUUUUUUCUGGUAAUACAACAUGGAAAUGUAAACACUUCACCUACACUUCAUUAUAUUUAAAUGCAAAACCUGCUCUGACAAACAUAACUGUGAUUAAGCAAAAGAAAAUGACCCAAUUGUGGGAUUUAGGAUUUGAUAAAGCCAAGUGUUGCGUCGCACAAACAGGUUGAGAUUUCUCCCACAGGAACAGAUCACUACAUGGCACUUGUAGAUUCUGUUUGUUCAUUAUGUUUUAUACUAAAAAUGUUUUUAUGUGGAAUAAUAAAACAACACAGCACUCAUUACUCAAAGGUUUAUGAUUCUAGUGUCAAAAAUCCUUACAAAUUGUGAGGAAACAUUAAAUUCUCUCUUAUAAUAUUCACACAUUACUUGAAAGAAAAUGUAAUUCUGAAUCAUUUUUGCAUAAAUUAGGUUAAUGAGGCUGAUUUGGUUUCCAGAUUUAAAUUGUACAAGUUUCGUAAUAUUUCCGAAAAUAAAAAGAAAUAAACCCUGGAUUAGCUGGUAGCUAGUUUUCUGAUAGCUUAGUAGUGCUUCUGCUUCAGAGUAAUUUAAAAUGUUUGUUAGCUGUGGCAUGGUGAUGAAAACACAAGGGCUAACUAGUGUUAGCCUAGCUUAUGCUACCAUUAGCUAGGCUAAGCUGACUGGUAUUAGCCUAGCCACUGAGCCCAAAUGUUAGCAGUACUAAAUAAAAAAAUGAUUCUAACUAGUUACUCUACCCAACAACAACAAACUGCCGUUACCCAUUUACAUAUAACCCUAGACUUUGACUAGGGUUAAAAAAAUUAAAAAUCUAAGUAAAUUAAGGGAGUGAAUACUUCUUCAGUAGCUACACAGCAUGACUCUGAAUCAUUUUACCAUUCUUUAGGAUGUUGCUGUGAUUUUCCUUAAAGUAACUGCUCUUUUAGUGAUUCGCUGUUUGAAGAUCCAAGACUUUUUCCUUCCAACUCUCCCUAAAUAUAUCUCUACUAUCUGAAUCUUCACUCUUGUGACCAGGAAAGAAACCUAAACCUGAAUGCUUCCUGUAGUCCUGCAUCACAUGAACAGGACAAUGACCAGACACUCCGUUCAUUCAGCAGUUUUCUGCCGACACCCGUUUCCCCAGCUAGACCUGCCUGAUGAGUUUGGCCCCACCCAUCUUUUCUUUUUGCUUUCUCUCACCUGAGACUCAACAUUUUCCUCCUGAGAAUCUGGAUUGCGCACAACCUUCACUCAUUUUUGUAUUAAUCUUGAGGACUCUCAGCUAAACAUCUCUGGGCUUUCUUCAUAUUUGGCUAAAUCACAAUGAGUGGGAAGCUGUGGACGGAGGAGCAGUUCAACUGCCCCGUGUGUCUUGAUCUCCCCAAUGAUCCGGUUACCAUACCCUGCGGACACAGCUACUGCAUGGCCUGCAUCAAAGACUUCUGGAGCAAGGAUGACCCCAAAGGGAUUUACAGCUGCCCCCAGUGCCGCCAGACCUUCUGCCCCAAGCCGCCCUUGUCCAGAAACACCAUGCUGGCCGAGGCUGUGGAGCAGCUCCGCAAAGGGGCCCUCCAAUCAGAAGUUCGAGACUCCAUCCGAAGCGCUCGCGGGUUGUCCUCUAGAUCCAAGUCCAGGCUGUCCACCGGAGCCGUUCUGUGCGACAUGUGCAAAGGGGAGCAGCGUGCCGCUGUGAAAAGCUGCCUGGCGUGUAUGAGCUCCUUCUGCGAGACCCACCUGAAGCCUCACCAGACCAAGAAGUCUCUCAAGCAGCAUGAGCUCAUCCCGCCGACCAGCAAUCUGGCAGAGAAGAUCUGCACCCAGCACAAGUACCUGCAGGAGUUCUUCUGUCGUCAGUGCAAGAUGUUUGUCUGCUGGCUGUGCACCAGCAAUCUGCACAAAGACCACGAGUGUGUGUCCACCAAGGUUGAGCGACAGGAGAGAGAGAAGCUGCUUUCAGACAUCCAAGCAGACAACCAGCUGAAGCUGAAACACAGGGAGCAGGAGCUGAAGGAUAUGAAGAAGAUGAUGGAAGAAGUGAAGCGUUCUGGGGACAAGGUGCACGAUGAGACGGAGAACAUUCUGGGCGAGAUGCUGCGCUCCGUGGAGCGUCUGCAGGAGCUGCUGGAGGAAGUGCUGGACCAGGCCAGCCUGGAGAAGAUGAACCAGGCCCAGGAGGUCGCCGACAACCUGGAGGCCGAGAUCAGGGAACGGAGGAAGAGGGACACGGAAAUGAAGGACCUGGCGGACUGUGGAGACAACAUCUACUACCUCCAGACGUGCGACACCAUGAGCAGUCCCUUUGACUGCGGCGACCUGCCGGCCGUGCACGUCAAUCACAAUGCGACCUUUGAACCCGUUCUAGAAGUAGUGCUGGCCCUCAGGGACCGAGUGGAGGAUCUGUGCAAUCAGGAGCUGGGGAAGAUCAACAAGCAAGUCAAUGAAACCAAACUGUUCACUUUGGGAAACUCCAGCCGGUUGGGAGGGAAAAAAGUAUUUCGUGAUUUGUUUUCCGGUCUGAGUAAAAGCAACACCAACAACCGUACCCCGACUUCAAGCAUUUCACUGGGUGUCCAAAGUGCCGACCGACAAGGAGUAGCACUCAGAGGUCCCAACGUGAGGAGCAGGGACGCACCUCGAGACAGAGGAAACACAAACUCACCCAGACGGAGACGAGAGGAGAGAGAGGCUGAGCGUGAGUCUAACCCCAGCCCCACCCCCAGCCGCAGAGGGGGGCCGUCUCUCUGGAGCAGGUCUAGUCAAAACCCGGUCGCCCCUCCUGCAGCUACAACUCCGACUCCAAUCCCAGCCUUUCCUACUCCCACUCCAGCUCCAGCUUCAUCCAGUGCGUUCAGCAGGAUGGCGUCGAUCAGCAGCCUGUUUCGCUCACACCGACGAGGCGCCAACCAGGCCACCCCGGUUAAUAACACCGCAGCUGCAGGAGGAAACCUGGGCGGGAUGGUGGAUCUGUUAGAAACACCAACAGAGAUUAACCCAGGUCUGUUCUUGGACACGCCUCUGCCGAACGCCAUGACUCAAGCUCCAGCUUUUCCUGCAUUGAGAGAAAUCAACCUUGACAGCAUCCAGGCACCAGAACCGAGAUCCAGAGAGGAGUUUCUCCAGUAUUCUGUGAUCCUGACCCUUGACCCCAAUACAGCUCACAAGCGCUUGGUACUCUCCGAAGGCAACACCAAGGCUACCCUGCAGGGUCCAACGCAGCCGUACGCCGACACACCCCAGCGCUUCGAUGGCUGGACCCAGGUGAUGUGCCAGAGCCCGCUGCAGGCCCAGCGCUCCUACUGGGAGGUGGAGUGGAGGGGGCGUGGGUCCUCAAUGGGCGUGGCCUACGCCUCGCUGAGCAGGAAGGGCAACGACGCCCGGUCCGGCCUCGGCUACAAUGCCCAGUCCUGGACGCUGGAGCUGUCCGACACCUGCUGCUCGGCGAUGCACGCCAACGAGAAGAGGGACAUCGCCGUCACCUACUCGCCCCGCCUGGGCGUCUACGCCGAUCUAUCGGCGGGGACGCUGGCGUUCUACAGCGUGGCGGACAACAUGACGCACCUCCAUAGCUUCAGGGCUAACUUCACCCAGCCUAUUUAUGCGACGUUCGGAGUGGGGAGCGGGGUCGGGGUGGGUCUGGACUUCGCCCUGGGUCAGUUCUCAUCCAGCUGUGACAGCAUUAAGAUCUGUCCGCUGUGAAGCAGCGGGUCGGAGUGCUGAACGAUUCAAAUCCCCAUCCCCUUCAUCCUUUUUCUUUAAAAUUUAAUGUAUGGAUCAACACAAAUUGGUGCAAAAUUUAAAAGUAAGUCAAAUUUUACGAAUAAAAAUCUAAAAAGAG